AUGCCAGCGCCGCAACCUGAUUUUCCCGCUAAUCUACUGAGGGAAGCUGCUACCGCUCAAUACACGAACGAACUGGCUGGAUACCUGAGGCAGCGAACACAAUAUACGUUCCUUCCCAGUGUCCGCCCCAACGACAGUCCAUCACCCAUCAACAAUGAAUGGUACGCAGACUCGGCCACGCAGGAUUUACUUGCAGUUAUGGAUGCUUGCAUACAUAAUCUCUAUGAUAUUCCUCGAGCAAAAACCAUAUUUGAUCGUCUGCGUCGCAAAGCUGCCAAACCGGUGCUGGAGACCCGCAUAUAUAACUCCCUUCUCGAGGCAUAUACCAACAUGUCGUAUGCCACAUACGAUAAUGACUACGAAACCAGCAUGUACUGGAUGGACACCGCUUGGGAUUUGUUUGACAACAUUGAGAAGGGCGCGGAGGGCAUCGAACCCAGUGCAAGUACAUACGCGAUUAUGCUUCUUGCUUUGAAACGGAGUGGCUCUGGAUCAUCCAAGCCCAUGGACCAACUCAGUCUUCCCAAAUAUAACGAACUCCUUUCUUCCAUCAUUUCAAGGGGCUAUCCCGUUUCUGCUGUGGUCUCUGAUCGCGUAUUCACGGACUCUGAGGAAGCCGCCGCUAUUAUCCAGGAGCUAUCUCAUGCCGCUGUAGAACUCAAUAUGUCUAAUGUCGUCGCCGAGUUAGGGCAAGCAGAGGUAAUUGGUUCCACCUAUACGGAUAUUCGUGACAGCGUACCGGAAAUCGUCCCUGUGACGCGGAUAAAAGCAAUUGAUGGUGUCGACGAUGAAUCUGUGGAAGAAGAAGAACAAGAAGCUGUCAUUCCCUUUAACCUCGACAAUCUACGCCGCCAUCUAGCCCAGGUGAACUAUGCUCGGCGAGUUCUGCCGGAAGAUGUGGCCGCCCGCCAAAAACUUCUCGAAGAGUCAGUGUACGACGUCGCCGUAGAGAGAUUAAAACACGAGGCUACCGUAUUUGACAAUCUCGGUAUAGGCGGAACUUAUCAAAAAUCUAUACGGAAAUGGAUGUGGGAAUGGCACGUCGCGUUGCAGGAACGGCUGAAAGAAGAGAUCAGGUCUAUACAAAUAGUGGAGAAGAGGGCCAAGAACAAGCGCUUUCUCUCGCCCUAUUUGACUUUGGUUCAGCCCGAAAGGCUGUCCUUGAUCACUAUUCUCGAACUCAUGCGGCUACAAGGGUCGGGCGGUGUGUCGGAGGGUAUGAAGACGACGAGAGCGCUGAUAACAUUGGGGCGUGCAGUUGAAUUGGAGUACAAGGCACAAAUGUGCAAGAAGAACAACAUUCAAAUCCCCUUAAACUUCAAGAGCGACACGAGUUUCUUCACUGGUCUUGGAUAUCAGGAUUUGAUGCAGAGGAGAAUCGUUGCAGCACGGCAAAUGUCGGACGCAGAGGCAUGGACUUCUUCAUGGACUCAAGCGACUCGGUCUCAGGUCGGAGGAAUAUUGGUUGAUUGCUUGAUGGAGGUUUCGAGAGUAACCAGAACGGCCAUUGACAAGGCAACUGGAGAAAUAAUAUCGGAGGAACAGCCUGCGUUCUAUCACUCGUACGAGUACAUACGGGGUCAGAAGCUGGGUGUUCUUAGGCUCAAUCCUGCUGUUGCAGAGGGCUUGGCUAAAGACAGUCUACGGGAGACUCUUCAUCCUCGCCACCUACCCAUGCUCGUCCCUCCAAAACCUUGGGUGGGUCCAGAAAUGGGUGGAUACUUCUACAACCGAUCCUCUGCCAUGCGAUACAAAGAUUCCGUUGAACAGCAAAGCUACAUGAAGCGUGCAUCUGAACAAGGCAACGUGGAAUUGGUAUACGCCGGCCUGGACGUUUUGGGUUCUACACCGUGGAAGAUCAACAAAAAGAUUUUUGAUGUUGUUCUUGAAGUUUGGAACGCUGGUUAUGGUUUGGGUAAAUUGCCUCCUGCGGUCUACCCAUACCCUGAGCCCCAGCCGCCUGCGGACAAUAAUAUGAAGGAUCGGGCGCUGUACAUGUACAACCUCAAGCUUUACAACCAGGAGAAGGCCAACAACCAUUCGUCGCGAUGUAACGUUAAUUACAAGAUUGAGAUUGCUCGUGCUUUACUGGGCGACAAGAUUUAUCAACCCCAUAAUGUGGAUUUCCGUGGCCGUGCAUACCCUAUUCCUCCUCAUUUGAACCAUAUUGGCGACGACCUUAGUCGUGGAUUGCUAAUGUUCGCCGAGGGAAAGCCGCUUGGCGAGCGGGGACUUCGUUGGCUGAAAAUUCAUCUCUCUAAUUUGUAUGGGUAUGACAAGGCAAACUUUGAUGAGCGAGAGCAGUUCGUUAUGGAUCGGCUAGAAGAAGUUUUCGACAGCGCUACCAAACCUUUAACUGGUUCUCGUUGGUGGACACACGCGGACGACCCUUGGCAAUGUUUGGCAACAUGCAUGGAACUUCAUGCUGCACUCACUUCCGAAAAUCCUACCGAAUACCUAUCCUCGCAGCCUGUGCACCAGGAUGGCACGUGUAAUGGUCUGCAGCAUUACGCUGCCCUUGGUGGUGAUUCACGUGGUGCCCAACAGGUCAAUCUUGCUGCUGGUGAUCGUCCUUCUGAUGUGUACACAUAUGUCGGAAACAUGGUGGAAACGGUUUUAGCUCAAGAUGCGGCUGCUGGCGAUCCAGUUGCGGACAUCCUGAGGGGCAAGAUUUCUAGGAAGAUCGUUAAGCAAACAGUCAUGACGACGGUGUAUGGAGUUACCUAUGUUGGCGCUCGUGAACAGAUCGAGAAGCAACUGAGAAACGUCGAUAGUCUGAAGAACGAGGACACCUGGACUCUGUCGGCUUAUCUCGCUAAAGUGGUGCUGGCGUGUAUUGGAAAUCUUUUCAGUGGUGCUAAAGAUAUCCAGAACUGGCUCAAUUUGUGCGCUCGGCUUAUCUCUCGAUCCAUUCCCGAAGACCGCCUACCUGAGGCUUUGGAAGAAUACAACCUCAAGCGAUCGAACCCUUCGAAAGUGCUCCCCGUAGAGCAGAUCAAGAAAGAGCUGAUGACUUCCGUCGUCUGGACCACACCUCUCGGAUUGCCUAUUGUUCAGCCAUAUCGCAAGACAAAGCGAAAGCAGAUUAUGACUGCGGUGCAGACGGUGUUUAUUUCCGACCCCCUCAGCCCGGCUGAAGUUAAUUCACUUAAACAAGCUUCUGCUUUCCCUCCCAACUUUAUCCACAGUCUGGAUGCGACACACAUGAUGCUAUCUGCUCUGGAAUGCCAACGGCAAAGUUUGACUUUCGCUGCUGUCCACGACUCGUAUUGGACGCAUGCUUCAAGCAUCGACCAGAUGUCUGUGAUCAUCCGAGAUACAUUCAUUGCUCUACAUCAGUCUGACGUGCUUGGCAAACUUCGCGAAGAGUUCGUUGAGCGUUAUAAGGGUUAUAAAAUUCCUCUCAUCAGUCUUCGCGGUGGCCAGAUGGGCAAACUUCUCCGUAACGCGGGUGCAUCCCUUAAGGUCACUGCAGAACAAGCGCAGGAAUUUUCUAUGCUAGGAUCACUGAUGGAGAUUACCGAGGAGGGCUCAACAUUCACACACUCACCGACCGCUGCGGAAGCCAAGGAAGGCUUCUCAGAGGAUGGGGCCGAGCUGUCCGACCAUCAAAAGAAGUUGAAAAAGCGGAAAGCUCAAAACGAAAAAGAGGCAUUGAAAUUGGUGGGCAAGUUCGUGGACCUUGUCGAUCUCCUUCCGCCUGUCCCCAAAAAAGGUGACUUCAGAGUUGAGGCGAUCAAGGCGUCGCAAUAUUUCUUCUCAUAG